AUGAUCGCGCUCAUCUCGCGCCGCCGCUCUCAGCGGCGAGCCGGCGGCGGAGCGGGAGAGCAAGGCGCGGGGGUGGUAGAGGCGGCGAUUUGGCGGGGCAGAGGCGCGGGGCCCUUGAGACGGAUUGGUGGGCGCGAGGUCACGGCAGUCAGGGCACGCCGAGUCCGCUGGCCUGUGUCGCAUGGUCGUGGCUCCGUCACUCCAUGCGAGGACGCCCUCCCUGCUCCCCGCGAACUCCGCUCACUCAGCCCCCCCUCUGCCCACGCCCUCCUCUUCCCCCUUUCCGCCCCUCGCUUCUCGCGUGAGAAACUCGCCCUCUCGUCGACGCGCUUCGACCUGCCGCAGCGACGGCCUCGCUGCUCCACACCGCGCGUCUCCCAGUUCCGCCCCGUCGCACCCCACCCUCGUUUCGCACGCGCCACUAACGCGCACGCGUUCGCCACCGUCACUUCCCCCUUCCCGUUCCGCCCACCAGCACGGGCGUCCAGGCAAGCAAGGCUGCGCUGCAGCGCGCACACGCCCCCUGCGCGCAUGCGGGAGAAUGCCUCCGCGCGCACGCGUGGCAGGCAAUUCAGCGGGCAAGACGCAGGCAUCUGCAAGAUCGUGCCGCCCGUGCUGCCCACGGUGCCCGCGGGGCACGUGCUGCAGCGCGGGCAGAAGCGCCCCUUCCGCUUCACCACGCGCGAGCAGCCCGUGCGCGUGGCGACGUGUGCGCAUGGCGACCCCCCCGCCUUCCGCAUGAGCGGCAGCCCACGCCCUCUUGACCUCUCGCUCUGCCACAAUCCUCUCCCUUCUCUCGCGUUCCUCCUGUCCGCGUCUCAUCACCCCCAUUACCUCCCCACCCUUGCUUCUCUUGCCCUCAUCCUCCCCACUCGCCCGCCCAUCACCGCUCCUCGUUCCAACAGAACCUACUCUCUCCCCGAAUUUGAGCGCAAGGCCGAUCGCUUCCUGGCCACACGAUUCGCCACAUCAGCAGCGCUGCCAGCUGGCAUGGUGGAGCAGCUGUACUGGCAGGAGAUGGAGGGCGGCGCCAGGGAGGCAGGGGGGCACACAGAUAGGAGCAAGGGCGGAGGGCGGGGGGCGGAGGGGGGAGGUGGGGGCGCAGGGGCGCGGGGGGGGCGGGGGGUGGCGCAUGUGGAGUAUGGCAGUGAUGUGGACGGGUCGGGGUUCUCCUCCCACCCGCGUGACCCGCUCGCCUCGUCCAGCUGGAACCUCAACGUGCGCACCUCCCCCUGCCACCACCACCACACGCCCCCCUCUCAUCCCUCAUCUCUCUCGCUCACCUGCAUUGACCGCACUCACCACUGCCUUUCACCGCACCCUUGCCGUGCCACUGUUCGCACUCCUUCUCUCCUCCUUUUGUCUCUGGCCCAUCUGUUCCUCUCUCUUCCACCCUCAACCGCGCCUCGCCUCCCCCCCCUGCAGGUGCUCCCCCGGCUGCCCGCCUCUGUGCUGCACCGCCUGCCCGUUGACAUUGCGGGCGUGACAGCGCCCAUGCUGUACGUGGGGAUGCUCUUCAGCACCUUCGCCUGGCACGUUGAGGACCACUACCUCUACAGGUGUGCUACACAAAGCGCAGUGACACGUGUUUUGUGCGCCGCUGGUUGCCCUAACCUGGGUCACGCUGAGCUGGACCCACUCUCUUUUUCCUUCCAUGCCAUCCCACUGUAUCCCAUACCAUCGCAUGCCAUCCCACCGUAUCCCAUAUCAUCGCAUGCCAUUCCACCGUAUACCAUAUCAUCGCAUGCCAUCCCACCGUAUCCCAUACCAUCGCAUGCCAUCCCACCGUAUCCCAUAUCAUCGCAUGCCAUUCCACCGUAUCCCAUAUCAUCGCAUGCCAUCCCACGGUAUCCCAUAUCAUCGCAUGCCAUCCCACCGUAUCCCAUAUCAUCGCAUGCCAUCCCACCGUAUCCCAUAUCAUCGCAUGCCAUUCCACCGUAUCCCAUAUCAUCGCAUGCCAUCCCACCGUAUCCCAUAUCAUCGCAUGCCAUCCCACCGUAUCCCAUACCAUCGCAUGCCAUCCCACCGUAUCCCAUAUCAUCGCAUGCCAUUCCACCGUAUCCCAUAUCAUCGCAUGCCAUCCCACGGUAUCCCAUAUCAUCGCAUGCCAUCCCACCGUAUCCCAUAUCAUCGCAUGCCAUCCCACCGUAUCCCAUAUCAUCGCAUGCCAUUCCACCGUAUCCCAUAUCAUCGCAUGCCAUCCCACCGUAUCCCAUAUCAUCGCAUGCCAUUCCACCGUAUCCCAUAUCAUCGCAUGCCAUCCCACCGUAUCCCAUAUCAUCGCAUGCCAUUCCACCGUAUCCCAUAUCAUCGCAUGCCAUUCCACCGUAUCCCAUAUCAUCGCAUGCCAUCCCACCGUAUCCCAUAUCAUCGCAUGCCAUCCCACCGUAUCCCAUAUCAUCGCAUGCCAUUCCACCGUAUCCCAUAUCAUCGCAUGCCAUUCCACUGUAUCCCAUAUCAUCGCAUGCCAUCCCACCGUAUCCCAUAUCAUCGCAUGCCAUUCCACCGUAUCCCAUAUCAUCGCAUGCCAUUCCACCGUAUCCCAUAUCAUCGCAUGCCAUUCCACCGUAUCCCAUAUCAUCGCAUGCCAUCCCACCGUAUCCCAUAUCAUCGCAUGCCAUCCCACCGUAUCCCAUAUCAUCGCAUGCCAUGCCACCGUAUCCCAUAUCAUCGCAUGCCAUCCCACCGUAUCCCAUAUCAUCGCAUGCCAUCCCACCGUAUCCCAUAUCAUCGCAUGCCAUUCCACCGUAUCCCAUAUCAUCGCAUGCCAUCCCACCGUAUCCCAUAUCAUUGCAUGCCAUCCCACCGUAUCCCAUAUCAUCGCAUGCCAUCCCACCGUAUCCCAUAUCAUCGCAUGCCAUCCCACCGUAUCCCAUAUCAUCGCAUGCCAUUCCACCGUAUCCCAUAUCAUCGCAUGCCAUUCCACCGUAUCCCAUAUCAUCACAUGCCAUUCCACCGUAUCCCAUAUCAUCGCAUGCCAUCCCACCGUAUCCCAUAUCAUCGCAUGCCAUCCCACCGUAUCCCAUAUCAUCGCAUGCCAUUCCACCGUAUCCCAUAUCAUCGCAUGCCAGCCCUGCGCAACUCAUUGCAUUCCGUGCUAUUGCGUCCACCUGGCUACAUGUCAUCCCCUUCCUGCCUCGCUCACCUGCCCCUCUGCCCCUCCCACACCGCACCGCACCGCACCGCACCACCCAUCUGCCCGCCGCCAGCAUCAACUACCAGCACAUGGGCGCGCCCAAGACGUGGUACGGCGUGCCGGGCAUGGCGGCGCACGCCUUUGAGGCCGUCGCCAUGCGCCACGUGUACGGCCAGGGGGACGCCCAGGGGGGGUGCGCGGCCAGGGACCCACGUGGGGGCGUCAAGUGCGAGGAGGAGGUAGGGAGGGCGCACGGAGGGGGUGGGGUGGAAUGGAGGGGCGCGGCUGUGCAGGGUGGUGGCGCGGGGGAGGUGAGGGGCGGAGGGAGUGUGCAGGGGGGCACCUGCGGAGAGCAGUUGCGGACGCCUGGGCGAGGGGGCGGGUGGGGGAACAGGAGAGGGGGGCGGGGAGGGCGGGGUCGCGGUGGGAGGGGCGCGGCCGGGGGAGGGGCGCCUGCUGUGAGGGGUGAGGGCGGAGGGGGGGAGGGCAGGUGCGCGGGGAGCUGUGAGGUGGGCGAGGUGGAGAGGGCGGGUGGUGCAGGGGCGGGCGAGCAGGGGCGGUGGGGCGGUGGGGCGGUGGGGCGAGCGUGCGCGUUGCUGAUGGGCAAGACGACUAUGUUCUCGCCCCGCCUGCUGCUGGCCCAUGGCGUGCCCGUGGUGCGCGCCGUGCAGGCCGCGGGGGAGUUCGUGGUGACGUACCCGCGGUCGUACCAUGCUGGGUUCAGCCAUGGCUUCAACUGCGGCGAGGCGGUCAACGUGGCGCUGCCCGACUGGUUUCCGUUCGCUGCUGCUGCCGCCCGGCGCUACGCCGUGCUGCGCCGCGCGCCGCUGCUGUGCUGGGAGGAGCUGCUGUGCCGCCACGUGGUGGCGCUGCUCAGGAGCGAGGGGGGAAAGAUGGGGGAGAGGGGCGAGAGGGCGGAUGAGGAGCAAGUGGGAAAAAUGCAGGAGAGGGUGGAGGAGGGCGGGAGUGCCGCCAGGACACUAGGGAGGGCGGGAGAGGAGGUGCACGAUGGGUUGAGAGGGCAGAGCGCAGAGAAGGCGGCACGGCAUGCAGUGGUGGUGUUCUCGCCCUGCAAGGAGAGCGGCCCGGGGCCCCCUGCUGAUCGUGUUGACCGCGUUGACUUGCCUCCAUGUACAGCGGCAGCAGCGCCUGGUGGCGUGGCAAGCAGCAAUGGCAGUGGCACACAGAUAGGACGCAGUGAGGAGCGCAGGCGCAGCGAUACUCAUGGUGGCGCUGUUGACCCCGUUGACCUGCCUCCCUCCACUGGCAACACUGACCCCAUGCACCCCUCCACUGGCAACACUGACCCCAUGCACCCCUCCACUGGCAACACUGACCCCAUGCACCCCUCUAGCCCCACUGACCCUGUUGACCCCAUUGACCCCACUGACUUGGUUGACCCCGUGGACUCUACAGACGCCAUCGAUGCCAUUCAGGUCACCCCACCUCGCCUGGCCACCAUGGGCCACGUGGGGCGCAGCGCGGUGGAGCAGUUGGUGCGGCUGGUGGGCGAGGAGGGGCGCAUCCAGGCGUGGAUGCAGCAGCGAGGCGCCGUGGUGGCGGUGCUGCCGGGGCUGUCAGCGGCGCUGCCAUGCUCGCUGUGCUGCCGCCUGUGCCACCUGGCGGUGGUGGCGUGCUGCUGUGUGCGCGACCCCAUCUGCCUGCACCACGGUGCGUGCACGUGGCCGGGCGUGGGUGUGGCCAUGUGGUUGGAUGCAUCUCCCCUCGCUCUCAUUGUUCUUCAACACCACUGCCACUUCCUGCAACUCUUGUCUUCUCGUCCCUCGUCUCACCCGUACCGCUGCCUGCCCACGUCUCACCCCAGCAUCAACCGCGCCUGUCGCUGUGGCCCCCUGCGCAUCAUCUCGCUGCGCCGCCACACGCCCGCCCUCCACCGCCUCGCCCUGCGCCUGCACACUGUGCUCUCUGCCACCCCCACCGCACCGGACCGCACUGUAUGCACGCUGCAAGAGCACCCGAUGACAGGGCGCGCAGCCGCAGCAGCAGGCGUGCUGGCAGCGCUGGGAGCAGCGGCACCGGCGCGGUGGGAUGAGGACGUGGCUGAUAUCGAAUCACUCUCUAACGAGCAUGACCUGGAGGGGUUCGGAGGGAACGUUGACAGGGAGCAGUGGGUGAGAAAGGGUGGGGGGGGCGGAGGGCGGGGGGCGGGCAUGAACAAUGGAGAGGUGGAGGACGCAGGAGGGCGUACUGUGGGAGGAAUGGGUGCAGUGGUUGAGAGCGGUGGCGAGGGGUGCAGAGAUGGCAGGCAUUGUGGUGGUGAGCUUGACGAAAAGCCAUGCAAUGAUAUGGCAUUUGGUGACGUGGCAUGUGGUGACGUGGCAUGUGGUGGCAAUACAUGGUGUGGCACAGGCGAGGGCGAGGAAGCAGGGUGUGGUGCAAGUGAAUGUGCUGUAGCUGAUGGUGCUGUAGCUGAUGGGGCUGUAGCUGAUGGUGCUGCUGAGAUGCCAUGCGGCAACGGUGGGUGCAAGCAGGGAGAGCGUGGCAGCAACGAUCACGGCCGUGCCCCCUGCCAUGCGCCAUGCUCCUUGCCACACCCGCCACUGCCCCACCCUACCCGACCUCGCGAGUGGAAGCAGCAGAUGGAAGUGAUGCGUGUGCACGCCGAGCAGCUUGCAGCCAUACAGGUGGCAGUAGGGAGCGCCAUGCGUGGUGAGCACGCGGCACCAGCAGCAGAGGGGCGGCCUCCCCCACAGGGGCGUGCUGCCACCCACCCCGCACUGCACCGCCCUGCCGCCACCCCUCCCCCUGCCCUGCCGCCUCCUGCUCCCCCCCACGCCCAUCCCGCGGCACUGUGGGCACCAUGCGGUGUGCAGGAGAGUGCGGGUGCGGAGGCGAGGGCGCAGGUGGGGCAGCGCGCCCACAUGACAGCGCUGGACGUGCUGCUGCUGCCCGCUCCUCCCCCACCCCCCUCGCCUCCUCUCCUGCCCCCCCCGGCCAUGCCCCACCCCCCGCCAACCCCCCUGUGCUUGCCCCGCGCCCUGCUCCUCCCCAGCCGUUCCCAUGGUGCUGUGGCGCGUGAGUGCGUCCCUGUGGUGGCCGCUCAUGGCCGCGUGGGCGCGCCGUGGGAUGGCCCAGCAGCACCACGAGGAGAAGGGCAAGGCAUCACAGUGGCACGUGGAGGCAUCACAGUGGCACCACAAGGCAUCACAGUGGCACGUGGAGGCAUCACAGUGGCACCACAAGGCAUCACAGUGGCACGUGGAGGCAUCACAGUGGCACCACAAGGCAUCACAGUGGCACGUGGAGGCAUCACAGUGGCACCACAAGGCAUCACAGUGGCACGUGGAGGCAUCACAGUGGCACCACAAGGCAUCACAGUGGCACGUGGAGGCAUCACAGUGGCACCACAAGGCAUCACAGUGGCACGUGGAGGCGGGCAGGUGGGGAGCAGUGCGGGCGAGGUAGGCGGUGCAGGGGGGCAGCGAUGGCAGCCGGGUGCAGAGAGCGCGAGGGUGGAGGAGCGGGGCCAAGGUGGUCCAGUAGUUGAGCAGAUGGCGUGCAGUGGCGGGCAAAGAAUGGGUGAAGAGGGGUGCUGUGGGGGGAUGGGAAUGCGAUGCAGCAGCAGCAGCAGGGGGCGGGGUGGGUGCAAUGGGGACCGGGUGGAGGGCAGCAGCGAGGGGGCUGCGCUGGCAGGGGUGGCGGAGGGGGGUGAUGCGAUGGUGGCGGAGGGGGGUGAUGCAAUGGUGGCGUGGGCAGGGACAAGGGUGGAGCCGGACAUGACGCGGUGUGAGAUGGCGGAGAGGGACGGACGCUGGGGAGGAGUGGAGGGCAAAAGGAAGGAAACAGCAGAGUGCGAGCGGGCAGUGGUGAACAGGCGGGUGAGUGUGAGGGGGGUGGCGGUGAGUGCAAUGGAGUGUGGCGGGCAGACGGAGGAAGCGGAGAGUGCCAUGGCGAAGCGAGUGCGUGUGGUGAGAGAGCGAGUGCGUGUGGUGAGAGAGCGAGUGAGGCGGCGUGCCCACCAUGUGAUGCAUCAGGUGAGGCGGCAGCAACAGCAGCAGGUGCAGCGGAAGGAGGUGAUAGAGAGGGGUGUGCGCUACGAGGUGAUAGAGAGGGGUAUGCGCUACGAGAUGAUAGAGAGGGGUAUGCGCUACGAGGACGCUGGGAAGGGUGGUGGUGCAGCAGGAGGGGCAACAGGAGGGGCAGCAGGAGGGGCAGCAGGAGGGGCAACAGGAGGGACAGCAGGAGGGGCAGCAGGAGGGGCAGCAGGAGGGGCAGCAGGAGGGGCAACAGGAGGGGCAGCAGGAGGGGCAGCAGGAGGGGCAACAGGAGGGACAGCAGGAGGGCAGCAGGAGGGGCAGCAGGAGGGGCAGCAGGAGGGGCAGCAGGAGGGGCAGCAGGAGGGGCAGCAGGAGGGGCAGCAGGAGGGGCAACAGGAGGGGCAGCAGGAGGGGCAGCAGGAGGGGCAGCAGGAGGGGCAGCAGGAGGGGCAGCAGGAGGGGCAGCAGGAGGGGCAGCAGGAGGGGCAGCAGGAGGGGCAGCAGGAGGGGCAGCAGGAGAGGCAGCAGGAGGGGCAGCAGGAGGGGCAGCAGGAGGGGCAGCAGGAGGGGCAACAGGAGGGACAGCAGGAGGGGCAGCAGGAGGGGCAGCAGGAGGGACAGCAGGAGGGACAGCAGGAGGGGCAGCAGGAGGGGCAGCAGGAGGGGCAGCAGGAGGGGCAGCAGGAGGGACAGCAGGAGGGGCAGCAGGAGGGGCAGCAGGAGGGGCAGCAGCGGUGGAGCGGAGGGGCGAGCAGGCGGCGGCGGCGGCAGCUGUGGAUGGUGUGGGAUGGCGGGCGGCGGAGGAAGAAGAGCCGCUCCGCUCAGGGGGGCCCGUGGGCGGGCGGUGCUGGUGGCACUGCUGCUCCCCCGCCUCGUGCUCAUCGCAGCCCUGCUGCCACUCGUGGCGGUGGUGGCAGCAGUGGCAGUGAGAAGAGCAGCAGUGACGAGUGGCGCUGGGCGUGGGAGAGCAAGGGGCGGAGGAGCAGACGGGGCAGGCGAGAGGUAGGGCACUUGUUGGCAAGAGGGGAGCAGGGGGGCAUGGCGCUGGCAGUGAGGGGAGAGAAGAGGAAGGCAGAGGAUGAGGGGCGGGUAGAUGUGGGCAUGGCGGCAGCAGCUGCAGCAGCAGCAGGCGUGAGUCCGGUGAAGCAGAGGCGGCUGGUGGAGGUGAGCGGAGGGAGCUGCGGUCCAUGGGCUGUGAGGGAGGACAGGGCUGUGAGGGAGGACAGGGCUGUGAGGGAGGACAGGGCUGUGAGGGAGGACAGGGCUGUGAGGGAGGACAGGGCUGUGAGGGAGGACAGGGCUGUGAGGGAGGACAGGGCUGUGAGGGAGGACAGGGCUGUGAGGGAGGACAGGGCUGUGAGGGAGGACAGGGCUGUGAGGGAGGACAGGGCUGUGAGGGAGGACAGGGCUGUGAGGGAGGACAGGGCUGUGAGGGAGGACAGGGCUGUGAGGGAGGACAGGGCUGUGAGGGAGGACAGGGCUGUGAGGGAGGACAGGGCUGUGAGGGAGGACAGGGCUGUGAGGGAGGACAGGGCUGUGAGGGAGGACAGGGCUGUGAGGGAGGACAGGGCUGUGAGGGAGGACAGGGCUGUGAGGGAGGACAGGGCUGUGAGGGAGGACAGGGCUGUGAAGGGGACGAUGGAGGUGGUGGGCAUGGGGGGUGGGCUUUCACACGAGCACGCAUGGCAUGCAACGGAAGGUGGGUCGAGGUGCGAGAGUGGUGAGGCCUCUUUGGUGGUCAGCAGCGCGGUGAAGAGUGGUGCCGUGCGCAGCUGUCGGUCCAUGCUGGUGGGCCAGCAUGGGCAGGGUGGGCAGGGAGGCGCAGCGGAGGGAGGGGAGGGGUGGAGAGCGGAGGGCCCGUGGGAGAAGGGCUUCUGGCAGCUCGUGGUGCGGCAGCGCCGCACCACGGCGAGCUCGCUGCGCCAUUUCUUAUCGAUCGGUCGUCGUCCGCAACGCGCCGCACCGCACGCUGCGACGAGUUCCAUCGGAGCCGUGCUGCCUGCGUGCUCGCGCCGUCUCGAUUCCACAUUCGCUCUCCCCCGCGCGUGCCAUCGCGUGCGAUCAGCUGUUCCCCUGCCGACCGGCGUGUGGCGGCCGUGUGGAUCGCGAUCGCGCGGGAUGGGGGGAGGAGGCGGCAGCGGGGAGGUGGUGGUGGACGGGAAGCGGAUGUACGUACCCGUUUAUGGCAUCCUCGCUAGCAGCGCCAUGUCGGCGUGCUUCGCCGAGGUGAGAUCUGCGGCGUCCCUAGCCGCUCUGCCUCCCUCCGCCCGCAUCGCAAGCUCCCUGUGUGCUCGUCUCUAUUCCCGUCGCGCCGCUUUCCCUCCCCGCCCGUGCCUUGUUUUGAGACGAAGCGCGUCUCGGGUCGGCAGUAGCCACGAGGGCCCCAUUACCCCCCACCCCCCCUCGCUGUCCUCCCCUCUCUCCGCCAUUCUCCCCCCGCUCUGCGCGCAGUUCUGCACGCUGCCCAUCGACACGGCCAAGGUGCGCCUGCAGCUGCAGGGCAAGCCGUCUGGGGGGGCGGGCGGGGCGAUCGGCGCAGUGAAGUACCGCGGGAUGGUGGGGACGAUGGGGACCAUCGCGCGCGAGGAGGGGCUGUCGGCGCUGUGGAAGGGGCUCGUGCCGGGGCUGCACCGCCAGUGCGUCUAUGGCGGCCUGCGCAUCGGCCUCUACGACCCCGUGAGCCUCCAUGCGCCCUCUACCACCCCCUUCUAUGCGCCCUCUAUGGAUGCGAGCCGCACGGGCGAGCUGCCGGCGUCGGCAGGCCACAGAAUGGUGCGCUGUGAUGCGUUGAGCACCGCCCCUGCGCUCAACACUCAACUGUCUGCGCUCCUCGCUGCUCCUGUGCCCUCUGCCUCCGUGGGCGCACAGGUGAAGGCGCUGUUCGUGGGCAAGGACCACACGGGCGACGUGCCUCUCACCAUGAAGAUCGCUGCCGCCCUCACCACAGGUGCUGCCCUCACCACAGGUGCCGUGUCCCCUGCUCUCUCCUACCUCCCCUGCUGCCCUCCUCCCACCCUCAAACCGCCUUCUUUCAAGCACCCUCACUCUUUCCUCACCAUGCCCCAUGCCCCAUGCCCCCUGCACCAUGCCCCAUGCACCAUGCCCCAUGCACCAUGCCCCAUGCACCAUGCCCCAUGCCCCAUGCCCCAUGCACCAUGCCCCAUGCCCCAUGCACCAUGCCCCAUGCACCAUGCCCCAUGCACCAUACGCCAUGCCCCAUGCACCAUGCCCCAUGCACGAUGCACCAUGCCCCAUGCACGAUGCACCAUGCCCCAUGCACGAUGCACCAUGCCCCAUGCGCCAUGCACAGGGGCGGUGGGAAUAGCGAUCGCCAACCCCACGGAUCUGGUGAAGGUGCGGCUGCAGUCCGAGGGGCGCCUGCCGCCCGGCAUGCCCAAGCGCUACUCGGGCGCCCUCAACGCCUACGCCACCAUCGCCCGCCAGGAGGGCGUGGCAGCGCUGUGGACGGGUGUGGGGCCCAACAUCGCACGCAACGCCCUCAUCAACGCCGCUGAGCUCGCCAGCUACGACCAGAUCAAGCAGUCGCUGCUCAAGGUGCCGGGCUUCGGGGACAACGUGGGGACGCACCUCAUCGCUGGGCUCGGCGCCGGCUUCUUCGCCGUCUGCAUUGGCUCGCCCGUCGAUGUGCGUUGCCCAUGCAUCGCACUGCGCACUCUUGCCUCUCUUCUUCGCCCCUGUCAUCGUGCUCUCUACCACCCCUACCCUGCCUCUGGUGCCGCCGGCCUACCAGGUGCAGGCACGGUGAAGUCGAGGGUGAUGGGCGACAGCAGCGGGCAGUACAAGGGCACCCUCGACUGCUUCGUCAAGACCUUCCGCAACGACGUGAGCGCGCACCAGGUGAGCGUGCAGCAGUGCCACCAGGUGAGCGUGCAGCAGUGCCACCAGGUGAGCGUGCAGCAGUGCCACCAGGGCGUGAUGGCGUUCUACAAGGGCUUCAUCCCCAACUUCGGCCGCCUGGGCUCCUGGAAUGUCAUCAUGUUCCUCACGCUCGAGCAGCCGCCCGUGCCACGGACCCCCCUCCUGUGCCACGGACCCCCCUCCUGUGCCACGGACCCCCCUCCUGUGCCACGGACCCCCCUCCUGUGCCACGGACCCCCCUCCUGUGCCACGGACCCCCCUCCUGUGCCACGGACCCCCCUCCUGUGCCACGGACCCCCCUCCUGUGCCACGGACCCCCCUCCUGUGCCACGGACCCCCCUCCUGUGCCACGGACCCCCCUCCUGUGCCACGGACCCCCCUCCUGUGCCACGGACCCCCCUCCUGUGCCACGGACCCCCCUCCUGUGCCACGGACCCCCCUCCUGUGCCACGGACCCCCCUCCUGUGCCACGGACCCCCCUCCUGUGCCACGGACCCCCCUCCUGUGCCACGGACCCCCUUCCUGUGCCACGGACCCCCCUCCUGUGGCUAA